ACCCUUCUCUAGUUAAAUGCCUCAAACCUCUAUAAAUACAAAUGCAUCACUCACUUUCAUUUACUCACUUCUACACUCAAUCAAUUUACUCUCUUUGAAGUAGUCUUUUUGAAUCAUCAACAAUGACUUCCUUGGAACUCUCCAAAGAGGACAACUUGAAAGGAGAAGAAGAAGAGUGUACCAAUGACGGAACUGUUGAUUUUUAUGGAAUGCCUGCUAAUAGAGCAAAUACUGGGAAAUGGCUAGCUGCAAUUACGCUUCUCUUGAAUCAAGGUUUAGCUACUCUCGCAUUUUUUGGUGUCGGGGUGAAUUUGGUGUUGUUCCUGACAAGGGUGCUGCAUCAAAACAAUGCUGAAGCAGCUAACAAUGUGAGCAUAUGGACUGGCACCGUCUAUAUCUUCUCUCUUUUUGGUGCUUUUCUUAGUGACUCUUACUGGGGAAGAUUCAAAAGUUGUGCCAUUUUCCAGGUCAUCUAUGUAACUGGAUUGGUACUAUUAUCACUGGCAACACAACUUUACUUGCUGAAACCGAAAGGUUGUGGGGAUCGAAAAACUCUAUGUGGAGAGCAUUCAAACAUGGAGAUUAGUCUAUUCUAUAUCUCUGUGUAUAUGAUCGCUCUAGGAUACGGAGGCUAUCAACCUAACAUUGCUACCUUUGGAGCUGAUCAGUUCGAUGAACGUGAUCCUAGGGAGAAACCAUCCAAAGUGGCCUUCUUCAGUUACUUCUACUUGUCCCUAAACCUUGGUUCUCUUUUUUCUAACACUGUUUUAGACUACUUUGAGGAUGAUGGUAUGUGGGCUCUUGGUUUCUGGGCAUCUGCUGCGUCCUCCUUUGCUGGAUUGGUGUUCUUUCUUGGUGGCAGUGCCAAGUAUAGGCACUUCAGGUGUAGUGGCAACCCUAUAACCAGGUUUUCUCAGGUUAUAGUCGCUGCAUCAAAGAGGUGGAGAAUAGAACCGUCAGAGAAAGAAGAUGUAUUUUAUGAAGGCAACGAUGAGAGCUCCAAAGCUGCUGGUAGAAAAAUGCUCCAUACCGAUGGUUUCAAAUUCUUGGAUAGAGCGGCCCUGAUCACAUCCAAAGAACUUGACAAUGAGAAGCAGAAUCGUAACCCAUGGCGCCUUUGCUCUAUUUCACAAGUUGAAGAGGUUAAGUGCAUUUUGAGGCUGUUACCAAUUUGGCUAUGUACUAUACUUUACUCUGUUGUAUUCACCCAGAUGGCAUCAAUCUUUGUUGAGCAAGGUGAUGCCAUGAAGACAACAAUAGGAAACUUUAGAAUUCCACCAGCUAGUAUGUCUGCCUUUGACAUCUUGAGUGUAGCGAGUUUAGUAUUCCUUUACCGUCAAGUCAUUGAUCCUUUGGUCAAAAAGUUUAAGAUGAUCAAGGGCGAGGCCCAAGGGAUAACUCAACUUCAACGGAUGGGUAUCGGACUUGUCAUUGCUGUGAUGGCAAUGCUUUCAGCAGCAAUUGUGGAGUGCUACAGACUCAAGUACGCUAAAGAAGACUGCCCACACUGCGAAGGCUCAAGCUCUCUAAGCAUCUUCUGGCAGGUUCCUCAAUACUCUCUGAUAGGUGCUUCAGAAGUAUUCAUGUACGUAGGACAGCUAGAAUUUUUCAAUGAACAAGCACCGGAUGGUCUCAAAAGCUUCGGAAGUGCACUGUGCAUGACAUCGAUAUCACUUGGAAACUACGUGAGCAGUUUAAUAGUCAGUGUAGUGAUGAAAAUUUCUACAACUGAUAACAUGUCUGGAUGGAUCCCGGGAAAUCUUAACAAGGGUCACCUAGACAGGUUUUACUUUCUGUUAGCUGGUUUGACAAUCUUAGAUUUAGUUGCUUAUAUAGCAUGCGCUAAGUGGUACAAGGGUAUAAAGCAUGGUGAAAUGAUUGUAGAAAUCAAGGAAGACAAAUAUGAAGUCUAAUGUAUCUUAUAGUGUUGUCAUACUUUGUAAGUCACAUUUGCUAGAACAAAUAAAUAAAAGAACUGUCUUUAUUUGUUAA